AUGCCACCACGUAAAACGCCCUCCAAAGGCAAAUCCAUCGCUUCUUCUGCACGAGCCGGCCCUGCCGCCCCCAAGUCGCGCCGCUCGAAACUCGCCAAAGAAAACGAUUUGACGGCGGAAGAAGAAGCCGAGAUCAAAGAAGCAUGGAAUCUCUUCCGGCUCGAUGAUGUCGACGAGUACGAGGACGAGAAAGCAGGAGUCAUUCGCACGACAGAUGUGCGGAAUGUUCUCAAAGCGCAAGGCCUCGCGCCGAACGAUCCGUCGCAGAUGCGGGAAUUCAUCGAGACGCUAGAUCCAGACGCGUCCGGCUACGUGACCUACCCUCACUUCCUCGCUCUGUGCGCCAUCCAGCUCAAGUCUAAGACGGACGACACGAGAGCCGAAGAAGUUGACACGGCAUUUCAGCUGUUUCAUCCCGGGCACGCUGCGCAACCGGGCCAGCAGCAGGUGAUCCGUCUACAUGAUUUACGGGCUGUUGCGAAGACCUUGAGGGAGGAUGUGAGCGACGAGGUCUUGAAGGCCAUGAUCCUGGAGGCCAAUGGUGGGAAGGGCGUCGGGCAAGGCGUGAACAUAGAAGACUUCCGAGCCAUUAUGACACGAGCGGGCGUAUUUCAAUGA